CCACGCGGAAACAGCGGUAAGACAGUGCGCGCUGACAAAAUCUAAAAUAAUCGAAAUCAAUUUUUCCUUCACUGAAUAUGUACCGCUCGCAGUAUACCACGCCAAAAUCGAAAACUCCUCGAUCUAGAUCAGUGGGGUUACCACCAAAAUCUGUCGCUGAAAAACAGGUUAAAUAUGUUUCAGAAGUGACGAUUCAACUUUCUACGAACAGGAGCCGUGAAACAAGUGCGAGUAAGUUGCUCGGCUCAGAAAGAAGCCCUCAACAGGAGGUAAACAACUCAUCUAACGUCACCCCGGAAAAAGACACCUCCCAAGACACCUUGUCUUCGUCAUUAUGGAGCCAGGUGACCAAAAAGCCUGUGAAGGGUACCCCAAGGACCUCCACGCCAGAAAAGCAUGUGAGCCCGCGGGGAAGACAGCGAAACAUCAGCGGAUUUCAAAACGAGACUUUGCUCACGAAUGAGCAAAUGAGGAAAGAAAAUGAGGAAAGAAAACCUUUUAAUGAAACCAUGGCCACCGAUGGCGUAAAUUCAAAACAUCAAUUUUUAAACAAAGAGAAACAGGUUUCCCCUCCAUCUGAGUUUUCAACCCUGAGCUCACGCCGUGACAACUCUUUAAAGAACCACUGGUACAUGGACAUCAUGCAGCGACUGGAGGACUUAAGUUGGAACUAUCAGACAAUGGAGGUUGAAUAUUCCUUUCUGGAGAAGCUCAUGCCAGAACAAAAAGAGGAUCUGAAAAAAGCAAAAAGCUGGAACAAUAGUCUUAGAAAUCAGCAAAGGGCAAAGAUAGUUCAUUAAUGGUACAUGAUCGGCGGACGUUCUAGCAAAAUUUUUAGUCAGUCUGUAGUACCUUUUUAAAACAUUUAAAGAGUGUGUCUGGUGGACCAUACGUGUCAAAAAGCAAAACCUUUGCAUGGCUUCUGAUGCAAUUACGAACAGGAAUUUUAAGCCCUCAUAUAUCGAUUGCCAUCGGCAUUUUCAACGCCCUAAUGUUGUAUUCAACUAUACGGAUCAUCCAAUCAAUGUUUCUUAGAGAGAUUAACAAAAACGUGCGAAGGGAACUUCAAUUGGGAAAUAAUUUAACUAACUCAAUUCGAUACAUUAUAAGAACUGUCUUGCAUCAUUUCCACCACAUAGAAUAAUUAAUACACACAAAGAUACGACAAAACAAAAAAAAAUAUAUCAAAAAAAUAUAUCCAUGUCGAAUGAUUAAAGAGGUGUAGGAAACAGAAAACGAGCGCACGGAAAAGGUUUAAACAGGACCAAAAAUUAAAACACACGCUGUCACAAGGGCGUGAAACACGCAAUAGAGAUAGGAAGGAGUAAUUU